UAAGUUAGUAAGUUAAGGAGGAACAUGGCUAGAGGUACCGAGUACUCUUUCUUACCAAAGCUUAGCUCAAAAAGAGAAGUAUUUGGACUUGGAGCGUGUCUCUGCCUUAUAGCAAUACUACUGAGACUAGGAGUUGCCCUUCAUCCUUACUCUGGUGCUGGUACACCUCCAAUGUUUGGUGACUUUGAAGCUCAGAGGCACUGGAUGGAAAUAACCUACCACCUUUCCCCAUCAGAAUGGUACUUCAAUACAUCGAAUAAUAAUCUCUCAUAUUGGGGGCUUGACUACCCUCCACUGACUGCCUACCACAGCUGGAUAUGUGGAGCAAUUGCUCACUCUAUUAAUCCUGAUUGGGUAUCAUUGCAUCAUUCUCAUGGAUUAGAAGACUAUUAUCAUAAGCUCUUUAUGCGUUACACAGUUUUGGUUGCUGAUAUUUUAAUAUAUUUUCCGGCCAUUUUUGUCUUUGUUUUUGGAGUCUAUCGCUCUCUUUCUUUGGAGGACAAAUUAAGCACUGCAUUUAUAAUUUUAGUCACACCCAGUCUAUUAGUAAUUGAUCAUGGGCACUUCCAAUACAACUCUAUUAGUCUAGGGCUGGCAGUCUGGGCUGUUCUGGCUUCUUGCACUCGCCACAACCUCCUCUCUUGUAUCUUCUUCUCCCUCUCCCUCAACUAUAAGCAGAUGGAGCUCUAUCAUUCUCUACCUUUCUUCUUCUUUUUACUUGGGAAGGCUCUUCAACAAAGAGAAGCAAGGUUAGCAAUGAGAAGUUGUCAAGUUAAUAUUAAAUUCAAUUUUUUUAGAUAUUUAACAAUCAUCAAGUAUGGAUUGUGUGUGAUAGCCACUUUCCUUAUAUGUUGGCUGCCAUUUUUAUCAAGCAUUUCAUCAAUUCAACAAGUCCUUCACAGAUUGUUCCCAUUCUCUCGGGGCUUAUAUGAAGACAAAGUAGCAAAUUUUUGGUGUUCUCUCUCAGUUUUAAUAAAGCUAAAGCUGCUACUGUCAAGAGGAGUUCUCUUACAACUGUGUUUUUGGACUACUAUUCUUUCUAUUGUUCCUUCUGCUAUUAAUCUCUUAUUUUAUCCAACACCAUACAGGUUUUUACACUCAUUGGUUAAUUCUGCCCUUAGUUUCUUUUUAUUUUCAUUUCAAGUUCAUGAGAAGUCAAUUUUAUUAGCUGUCAUUCCUGUUAGUUUGCUAGCAGUUGUCCAUCCUUUUGUCAGCACUUGGUUCAUCCUUGUGGCCACAUUCAGUAUGUAUCCAUUACUGGUCAAGGAUGGUCUGGUACUGCCCACCUGGUCUCUUUCUUUAUUCUUUUUUCUUUCAAGUUACCUCUUUCUUCCCCGACUUUCCUAUAAAAUGCACAACCAAGACAGACGAAUCAACCUUUUGUUUUAUGUCUCGAUGGGUUUGUUUUUCGCUUUGUGUAUUUCCUCUCAUUUUGUGACUCCACCUGCAAGAUUGCCUGAUUUGUUCCCCGUGCUCAUAUCAGGUUUUUCCUGCCUGCAUUUCCUUGGUUUCCUAGUCUGGUUCAAUUACAUGCAGUUUAUGCCGCAACAGAUAGGCCACACCUACCAGAAGUACUUUAGACUCGUACAUAAUAAACCUCAUGAAAACUAAACAAAAUUUUUUUGUAUUUCAUAAUAUUUUUGUAAGAAUAAUUAAUAAUUUAUUUAGUUUUUUAAAGAAUAAAAUCACAAGUGGAAUCGUC